UCCAGAUUAGACAUAGCCCUCCCUUCCAGUGACAGUGUCUACUGAAUAAAGAUACUGAAGUGGUCACAUGUGAUGUUUCUAGUGUCUGUCCACUGUUAAAGUCAUCCAUUUCACGCCUGCGCUGUCCUUAAUAUUUGAAGUCAUGAACUCACGCAGAGGGGGCAUGCCAUGGGUGGAUCAUUUGUUGAGCACACAUGCCAUCUCAUCUCAGCAAGCACGCAUCCAUGAACUGAGAGUGGUGAUGCAGGCCCGUCACCUCAGCUCUUUGGAGCUGGAGGCAGAAAGGUCAGAGUUCCAAGAUCAUUCUUGGGAACAUAGUAAAUUUGAGACCAGCCUGGGCUAUGGGCAAGACCCUGUUUCAAAUAAUAAGAAUUGACAACUCAGCAGCUAGAGGCACUGGCUUCCCUUGUAGAGGACCCUGGUUCAGUUCCCAGCACCCACCUGGCAGCUCACAGCGGUCUGUAACUGCAGUUCUAGGGGAUCCGAUGUCCUCUUCUGACCUCCGAGGGCUCCAGCAUGCACAGCACACACAUACAUAUGGUCAGACACACACACACACAUAAACACAUAAGCAUUUUUUUUAAGGAUUUAUUUUAUUUAUAUGAGUAUACUGUAGCUAUCUUCAGACAUACCAGAAGAGGGCAUCAGAUCCCAUUAUAGAUGGUUGUGAGCCACCAUGUGGGUGCUGGGAAUUGAACUCAGGACUUCUGGAAGAGCAGUCAGUGCUCUUAACCACUGAGCCAUCUCUCCAGCCCCAGUACUAUUAUUAUUAUUAUUAUUAUUAUUAUUAUUAUUAUUAUUAUUGAAAAUAAAUUCAGAACAACAUUUCCCUCCCUGUAAAAGUGCCUGUAAAAGAACUCAACAAGCACUUACAGUAUGCCCAUGGGGUAAGGCAACUGUUCCUUCAAGGAGAAAGCAGCCCGGAGGUUCCUGGGGUUUUGUUCUGAGAGAGUGACCCUGGUCUGUUAAGGAUAAACUCCUUUCCUAGUGUGGUCCUCUGAUCCCUCUUCCAGCCCGUCCUGGGUUGUGUGUCCGGGUGAUAGGACACAGAGAUGGCAGAGGUGAGGAAGGGGGCCCAGGGAACUCCCCCAGGCCGGUGUUAGGUGGGGCCCACAGCAGGUGUCGGGUUCCGCAGGGAUGCUGUGCCCGCUUCGGCACGAGCAGGGCGAGAAGAUGGUGGUGUGCAAACACUGGCUUCGAGGCCUCUGCCGGAAGAGUGACUGCUGCAACUUCCUGCACCAGUAUGACGUCAGCAGGAUGCCGGUGUGCUACUUCCACUCAAAGUUCGGUAAUUGCAACAACAAGGAAUGCCCCUUCCUCCACUUGAAGCCAGUUCCUAAGCUCCAGGACUGCCCUUGGUAUGACCAAGGGUUCUGCAAGGAAGGUCCCCUGUGUAAAUACCGCCAUGUGCAUCAAGUCCUGUGUCCCAACUACUUCAUUGGCUUCUGCCCCAAGGGACCUAAGUGCCAAUUUGGGCACCCUAAGAUGAGUCCUAUACUCCAUCGCAGUAACAUGAAGCCUAUCAACCAGCUAUGGGAUUCAACAACUUCCACUGGCAACACUCUGGUGCCCCAUUCUCAGGCAAAGGCCACAGUCCACCAUCAGAAGAGGUGGAGCCUGCCUCCGGCCUGCAGCUCAAGGGCCCACCUUGCACCUUAGGUAGGUGAUGGGGAGGUGCAUGGCCGUAAUCCUAGCAGGCAGCAGGCAACGUCUGGAGGACCGUAGCCAGUCUGAGGCACAUAGCCUCCACAUAGCGAGCUGCAAGCCAGACAGGGCUACAAAGUGAGACCCUUUGUCUCAAAAGAAAAAGGAACCGCUGGGUGUGGUGGUACAUACUUCGGAUCCCAGCACUGAGGAGGCAGAGGCAGGUGGAUCUCUGAGAUCCAGGUAAACUAGGGCUGCAUAGUGAGACCCCCAUCUCAAGAUAAGUAAAGUAUUAAAAAAAAAAAAAGAACCAUACCUUUAUGAGGUAGCCUGCAGUCUGUCCUGCAUCGUGAUUUUUUUUUCUCCUUUUUUUUUUUUUUCCCCCCCGGACCGAACCCAGGGCCUUGCGCUUGCUAGGCAAGCGCUCUGCCACUGAGCUAAAUCCUCAACCCUGAUUUUUUUUUUUUCUCUUUGACCACACAAAUAAUGAGUUGUUGAGGAUGUGUGAGUUCAGCUGGUAGUAUGCUUGAAUAGCAGGCAUCAAGGGUUUGGUUCCUAGCACCUGGCGUUAUGGUGCGUCCCUGUUAGCAUUCAAAAUGGAGGCAGGAGGUCCAGAAGUUCAAAAUCAUCCUUGGCUAUAGAGAGAGGCAAGCCUCUGUUACCUGAGACCUGGUUUCAAAAAGAAAAUAUGAUCAUACCAGAAUUCGAGGUAAGAGGGCAGAACCCUUUAUUUUCUUGUCUGAUUGGACCUUUGAAAGCCCAGAACCACCUUCUCUGAAAUAUGGGAGGUGAACGAGCUUCUCUUUUGGGUCCAGAUCUUGUUAUUUCCAAGCUGGUCCCAACUCGUACUUACAAGGUUCUCCCAUCUCAACCUCCCGAUCAAGAUCCCUGUGAGGCUGGAGAAGCCAAUACAUUCUAGAAAACCAGGUUGCGGUUCUCUGGACAAGUGGAGACUUUUCUUCUGAGGACUUAGGAAAAGGCACGACCUUGGCAGGACAGUGGUGGCACGUACCUUUAGUCCCAGCACUUGGGAGACAGAGCCAGGCAGAUUUCUGUGAGUUGAAGGCCAGCCUGGUCUACAGAGCGAAUUCCAGGACAGCGAAGGCAGAGAAACUGUCUUGAAAGCCAAAAACAAAACCGGCAUGACCUUAGCUUUCUCCUUUGUCUUCAAAACCCAGGCCACCACGCCAGCGAAGCAAGCUGUACUAGUUGGAGUCAUCAAAACCUAGCCUGUAGUGAGGGAGCUGGAAGUUCUCCUAGCGAAGGGCUCCAGGGCCUCCCCAGAGUGUUCUGUACCCUGUGGUUCAGUGAGCCCCAUCACCCGAGUGAGAUACAGGAUGCAGAAAGACCUUGUUUCCAUUUAUCCUGCGCGUGAACGAGAUGCCAACAGCAGGACCAGAGGCCAGCUGACUGUGGAAGGGAGGAGCUAUUCAGCAGAACAAAGUGCACUUGAAGCCAUGAACUCUACAAAGUCAGUCAGUCAGAGUCCCAUGCUCCGCUCCCACGUUCCUGCAGACCACUCCGGGUCAACGGCCGCGAUCCAAUCAAACAGUUGCUUUGAGUUUGGCAGCUCUUUGCCUGAACAGCUUAUUUAUCCUUGAGAAUAUACUGUGUCUUCUGUG